AUGAUUGUGGCCUUAUUGUUGGAUGAGACUCGACCUGCAUCAUCUAUUGAGAUCUACUUUGCCCGAUGCCUCGGAUUUAGUCUCCUCACCAUUGCCAUCUUGACCGUGAUGUUGACCGGUUCCAUUCCUCUCAUAUCCUCGAUCUCAGAGCCAGUCACAACCGAGGACUCGGAUCCGAAAGCGCCCUAUGCCCUUCCCACUCUCAUGGUGACUUCAAUUUUCCAUUCAGCCUCGGCCUUCUAUGCGUACACUAGAUAUGUUACUACGGGACAGGGAUUCUUUGCGAUCGCAGUGGCUGCAAGCUCUCUUCUUGCAUCUAUCGGCCUUUGGUGCGUGCUUUUCGCAAGCAGCAAUGGCAAGAUCAGUCGCAGAACGGGCGCCGAUAAGAGGACGACCGGGUUUCCUUUCGCAAAUUCGGAGGCUGCUAAGAAGCAUGCUGGAAAGAAAGCCCUAUAA